CUUUGACAGUAGAUAGUGGCUGUUUGUAAAUUCUUGUUGUGAUAAGUUAUUAUCGCUUGCCCUAAAUAAAUAUUUAAAUAGUAAAGUCCGACUAAACAUUUAAAAUGCCUGAGAUUAAAGAAUACGAAUUUAAUGUCGAGAUGACUUGUGAAGGGUGUUCCGGAGCCGUUGAAAGAGUUCUUGGUAAACUUAAAGGUAAAGGCGUUGAAGAUGUAGUAAUAAACAUGGCUGAUCAAAAAGUUUGUGUAAAAGCGUCCUUAUCAUCAGAUGAGUUAUUGGAAGUUAUAAAGAAGACUGGAAAAGCUACCUCUUUUGUGAAAGCCAAAUAAGAAAUAUUACCAUAGUAUUAAACAUGAUAAAUUUUAAACUUCAAUUAUGGGAUUUGCUUGAUAAUUUCGAUGGUGAUGAAAAUGAAGGACUGAUUUUAUACAAGACUAUAAAUAUGAAUGUUUAUUAUAUGCAAUAUUUUUAACGUUAUUUUUACUAAAUGUUUUAUUGAUGGAAUUUUUGUUUGUAUGAAGUAUAAAUACAUCUAUUUUUAAUUGUUAAUA